AUGACUCACCUUUACCCAUCUUUGCUUGAGAGGUUGCGGUCACAGAGCCUAGAAUCAUCAGGGAAACUACAGAUUUCACCAGAACUGAUUUUUGACUUCACGGCGGAUGACCUGCAAGACUUGGGUGAGAUAGGGAGGGGAGCAUUUGGUACAGUCAACAAAAUGCUCCAUCAACAGAGUAACACUAUUAUGGCAGUUAAGAGGAUACGCUCUACAGUUGAUGAAAAAGAACAGAAACAAUUAUUAAUGGACUUGGAUGUCGUAAUGCGCAGCAAUGAGUGUCCUUAUAUUGUGCAAUUUUAUGGUGCUCUCUUCAAAGAAGGUGAUUGCUGGAUAUGCAUGGAGUUAAUGGCAGUCUCAUUAGAUAAAUUUUACCGUUUCAUCUUUGGUUCAUAUGGAACAUUACACUUACACUCAAGGAUAGAAGAAGAUAUAUUAGGAAAAAUAACAGUAGCUACUGUGAAGGCACUGAAUUACUUAAAAGAAAAAUUAAAGAUCAUUCACAGAGAUGUGAAACCCUCCAACAUUCUUCUUGAUCGGCAGGGCAACAUUAAGCUUUGUGAUUUUGGCAUCAGUGGACAGUUGGUAGAUUCCAUAGCGAAGACAAGGGAUGCAGGGUGUAGACCUUACAUGGCACCAGAGAGAAUAGACCCCCGGCACUCCUCCAGGGGAUAUGAUGUGAGGUCUGAUGUGUGGAGUUUAGGAAUCACACUGUAUGAAUUGGCUACUGGGAAGUUUCCAUAUCCUAAGUGGAACAGUGUGUUUGAUCAGCUAGCUCAGGUUGUGCAAGGGGCAGCCCCCCAGCUGGACCCGGCAGACGAAAUAUACUCACCACAGUUUGUAAAUUUUGUCAAUACUUGUUUAACAAAAGAUGAGAAACAAAGGCCAAAAUAUAAUAAAUUGCUAAGUCAUGAAUUUAUAGUGCGAUCAGAAAGGGUGGAGGUGGAUGUAGCCAAGUAUGUUUGUGAACUGCUGGAAUUGAUGCCAGAGAGGCCUUUAGAACAAGAUCAGUCCUCGAGCUCAUAAUACUACACUGAAAGUCAUUUUCAUGUGGUGUGGCAGUUGGAAAAGGGUUGAAUUCAGCAUUGAAAACACAUCAAUAAGUACACCAGUACUAUAAAAAUGCACUCUCACUUUUGUUUUGCAAUGAAAGAUAUAUUUAAUCAGAAAAUGAAAAUAUUCAAAAUUCAUUACUCAAUACAAAUGAAUAAAUUUUUUGGUUUGAAAUACCUUUAAAAAUUGGCAAAUCAAAGUUCACAGCUUAAUAACCUGCUGCAGUGAGUUCACUAUACAGUAACAAAAAUCAAUGGUAUAUUGCAUGUUAUAAAUACACCAAGGUCCCAAAAUAUUUUGUUACUGAUACAGCUUGAAAACUGCCUGUUUGGAAAAUGCUGAAUAUGACACAGCACA